AUGCUUCCUGUUCUCAUUAGAAAAAAUUAUUUUCUGUAAACCCACCGGUUAUCUGAUCCAAGACAGGAACCAAAAGGAGCAGCAGAAUCGAUCGAUGGGUCUUGUUGUUUCUCCUACACUUCGUUCUCUGCUAUCUACUCUAUACUCCCUCUCUUCAAGAACUAAUUCAAGACCAUGUUUCUUUUACUCCAGAACUUCACUCUCUCUCAUAUCCUCUCUCCCCUUUAAACCCGCUCAUUUUCCCCUUCUCCAUCUCUCUCCUAAACCCCCCUUCGCUCUUUUCUGCUCAAACGCUACAGAGAGAACAGUGGUGCUCAACAAUGAUGCAAGAGUGACUCUUAAUUCAGACCCAGUUGCAGAUUCAAGUGCUACGAUUGCUGCUAUUGUUACUUCUAUUGGUGGACCGCCUGGGGCUGUGGGGAUUGUCAGAUUAUCUGGUCCUACUGCGGUUACUAUUGUUUCAAAAGUUUUUAGUCCUGGACUAAAGAACAAGAAAAAGAAUAGAGAUAGUUAUAGUUGGAAACCCACUAGUCAUUUUGUUGAAUAUGGUCUUGUUUUCGACUCUGAUGACAAUGUUGUCGAUGAGGUUUUGGCUGUACCCAUGUUGGCUCCUAGAUCUUAUACACGAGAAGAUGUAGUCGAGCUUCAGUGUCAUGGUAGUGAGGUCUGUCUGCAGCGUGUACUGAGAGUGUGCCUGGAAGCUGGUGCAAGGCUUGCUGAGCCAGGUGAGUUCACCCUUCGUGCUUUCCUGAACGGUCGUUUGGACCUUUCUCAAGCUGAAAAUGUGGGAACACUCAUAUCAGCCAAAUCCGUGGCUGCUGCAGAUGCUGCAUUGGCUGGAAUCCAGGGUGGAUUCUCCUCUUUGGUGAGAUCACUGAGAAUUCAGUGCAUUGAGUUACUCACCGAGAUUGAAGCUCGUUUAGAUUUUGAUGAUGAAAUGCCACCGCUAGAUGUGGAUCUAGCUAUGGACAAGAUACGUGCGAUGUCUGACCAUGUGAAGGAUGCACUUGAAACUGCUAACUACGACAAACUUUUGCAGUCAGGGUUGCAGAUAGCAAUCAUUGGAAGGCCAAAUGUUGGAAAAUCUAGCCUUCUUAAUGCAUGGAGCAAGAGUGAGAGGGCGAUAGUGACAAAUGUUGCUGGAACCACAAGGGAUAUUCUGGAAGCUGAUAUUACUGUUCAUGGUAUACCUGUCACCCUCCUCGACACAGCUGGUAUAAGGGAAACUGAGGAUAUUGUAGAAAAAAUUGGAGUAGAGAGAUCUAGAGCAGCUGCUAUGGGUGCUGACCUGAUUAUUAUGGCAGUAAGUGCACUCGAGGGUUGGACUUUGGAAGACACCGAACUUCUUGAUAGAAUUAAUUGCAAUAAGAGUGCAUAUGAAUCUUCUUCUCCAGUGAUCCUUGUAAUCAACAAAAUAGACUGUGUUCCAAAUGCUUCUUCCAAAUGGGUCAAUAACAGUGGCUACACAUUUGUAAAGUGCAUUUUUACUUGUGCUGUCACUGGUCAAGGCAUACAGGAUCUCGAGACAGCGAUCCUAGAAAUUAUUGGUCUUGACAGAAUUCCUAGAGGAGGCCGCAAGUGGGCUGUGAACCAGAGGCACUGUGAGCAGCUUCUACGGACCAAGGAUGCUCUUCUUAGGUUAAUGUCAACAAUCGACGAUGAAAUGCCCUUAGAUUUUUGGACGAUUGAUUUAAGAGACGCUGCUAUGGCUCUGGGGCAAAUCAGUGGAGAGGACAUAUCUGAAGAAGUUUUGUCGAGCAUCUUCAGCAAAUUUUGUAUUGGUAAAUAGAUUUUGUUUAACCUAGUUAGUCACAGUGUUUAGCAUAAUGUAAAUAGGAAAAGAUGUUUACUGUCACAAAUUGUGACUCACAAUUUGGCUUGCUAAUUAUAUUUCUUAGCAAUGUGAUUGCAUUUGAGUCGUCAUUCGGUUGUCA